CGAAGCCUGGGAGAAGUUUACCCGACCGACGGAGGCGGCCGACGGAUUUGCAGCACGCCGUUAUGUCUUUCCGCGAUCUCCGGAAUUUUACGGAGAUGAUGAGGGCUCUGGGCUAUCCCCGGCUUAUCUCAAUGGAGAAUUUUCGGACUCCAAAUUUCAUGCUGGUUUCAGAAAUACUCCUUUGGCUGGUGAAAAGAUACGAACCUCAGAUUGAUGUCCCUUCCGAUGUUGAAACAGAGCAGGACCGGGUUUUUUUCAUUAAGGCUGUUGCUCAGUUUAUGGCCACCAAAGCUCACAUAAAACUCAACACCAAGAAGCUUUACCAAGCCGAUGGCUACGCUGUGAAGGAGCUGCUGAAGAUCACCACGGUCCUGUACAACGCCAUGAAGAGCAAAGGGAUGGAAAGCACGGCUAUGGGUGAAGAAGAAGACGUCGGCAAAUUCAAAUUUGAUCUGGGUUCCAGAAUCAGUGAUUUGAAGACAGCCAGGCAGCUCGCUUCAGAUAUCACUUCGAAAGGAGCGUCUCUGUAUGACUUGUUGGGCAAAGAAGUGAUGCUGAGGGAACUGAGAACAGAAGCAAUUGGAAGACCUCUUGAGAUUAAUGAAACUGAAAAAGUGAUGCGUGUGGCCAUCAAAGAUAUUUUGGAGCAAGUCCAGAAAACCAAUGACAUGCUCAACAACGUGGCCGCCGAUGAAGCCAGUUUGGAGGCCAAGAUCGAGAAGAGGAAAUCCGAGCUGGAGAGAAGCCACAAGCGGCUGCAAACCCUGCAGAGUGUUCGCCCAGCCUUUAUGGAUGAAUAUGAGAAAAUUGAGGAGGAGUUGCAGAAACAAUAUAGCUGUUACGUGGAGAAGUUUCGUAACUUGACAUACCUGGAACAGCAGCUGGAUGACCAACACCGAAUGGAGCAAGAGAGGUUUGAGGAAGCAGAAAACACCCUGAGGCUGAUGCAGAACAAGCUGAAGGAGGAAGAGAAACGUUUGCUGAAGACUGGAAGUCACGAUGACUCAGACAUGGAGAUCCACGAGGACGAGGGAUCGGACAGCGAUCUGGAAGACCGGCAGCUGAUCAAGCAGCACACAGCCAUGGAGAUGCUCAUGCAUGGGCGGCCGAGCAAACGGCUUGUUGGGACCAUGCACGGGGGAGACACGGAGGAUGAGGUAAGUGGCUGUGGCUGA